AUAAGGUAAGCUAAGCUCUACACAUUUCAAAUGUCUAUUUGAAAAGGCAAAAAAUUCCAUUUUCAAUUCUUAUUUCUCUCACGAUAAUACAAAUUUUGUAAUUUUGUAUAAUUUUAUUAAAUUAUUUUUUAAUUUUUUGGAUAAAAUAAUUCAAUAAUUUUCAAAAAAUUUAUCAAAAUAAUGCACACUCGCGCAACUAUUCUUUUCGCCGAUCCGCGAGCCGAAAACCACUUGGCAGUGUGCAAAUUUUUUGAACGAUCAGACCAGAGGAGUUUAGUGACGCAGAUUAAGGACCUGGUAACAAUCGCACAAGAUGUGGCGGAGAAUGAACUGAACCAAAGACGCGAGAAGCUACGUCGGAUGUUAGAAGAAGAGAACAAAAUUUACGAAAAGGAGUUUGCAGACAAAGUAAAAACGCGCGUCGAUGAAGACAUUCGCAUACCCAAAGAAAGUUUGUUGCAAAUCAAAGAACAGCGUAAACGUCAAGAGAAAGAGUUUUUGAAACAAAAAAAUAUACAGCGACAAUUGGAGAGCUGCUUUGAAGUGCGUGAUGCGCUGCGUCUCAAGGAAGCUAUGCUGACUAAAGAGAUACAAUUGGAGCAAAUGGUGGAGAAAGAACGCGCCCAACUGCGGGAGCGCCAUCUAGACGAUUAUUGGCGUAGGGUUUAUGAGAUGAACGCACAGCGCUCUGAUCAACGACAGGCAAAAGAGGAUCAAAUGAAACAGGAUAUAAAGUGCAAAGUACGCUGCAAUUUGGAGCAACAAAUUGAAAUGCAAAGAAGAGAGGCGGAACAGUUACGUGCAAUUCAGUGCGAACAGGCCAAAGUUGUGGCUAAAAAGGCGGAAGAAGUGCGCCUCGAAGAAAAUGAUCGCAAACACGCGAGCAUUACGGAGAAGAUGAUGGCCUAUCGCGCAGACCUACUUGCCAGCAUUGCUGAAAAUAAGGCGAGACGCGAUGCUGAAGAGUGUGAACGAAUGGAAGAGCAUCGUCAGCUAAUGCGUGAAAUUACGCAGGAACAACAGGACUACACUGCCGCUAUGUUACAACGUAAGCGCGCUGUCUAUAAGGCAACAAUGGAGUAUCUCGAUUACGUGCGUCAUAUGCGCCAACUGGAAGAGGACACAAAGAAUAUGCGCAACGCACGCAUUGACGAUUUGCGACAUGUAGAUAUCUGCACCAAGAGUAAUAUAAAGAGAGAGCUACAACGCAAGGCAGAUAUAGCGGCGCUCUGUUAUGCCGAGUUACGUCGACAAAUGUGCGAGGAAUACGAACGACGACUGCGUGAAAAAGAAGAACAGCGUGCACCUAAAAUUAUUGAGAAUCACUUUGCACACCCCGAAAAGACACGCGCCCAGAUCAUGGCCGAAAAGCUUAAGCUGCGCAAAGGAUUAGAUGAACAACUACUUGCAAAUGCGCGCGUACGCGCAGAAGAGGAGGCCAAGUACAAUGCGGAACUGAAGCAGGCUGUUGUUGACCUUGAUUUUUGUAAAAAACUAGCGGACAAAUAUUUGGCUGAGGGUCUUGACUAUUUGCCACCGCAUGCCAACUGGUUAAUAUAUGCCUGUUCACAAAAUCAAUUUGCAGACAAGCAACCACUGCUAGGUGCUGCUGGCGAUAGUAAAGACGACUCAAAAGACACUUGUCAAAAGCCGUGUGGCUGUCAAGCGCGCGCUGAUAUAGAUUGCCCGCACUAUAAUUGGUUGGCAAGUAAGCGUGGGUAAGACGCCGAACGGGAAACGUUCUAACUAGCAACUUGUUGAGUUUAGAGUGUUUGCAUAAAGUUUUUAUUUAUAUUUCAGAAAAGUACAAAAGUAAAAAACAACAUAAAAUUAAGUGUAAAAAUUUUAACAAAAAUUUCAAAUACAAAAAUCAAAUAUAAAUUUAACAGCAAAAAAAAAAAUAAUAAAAUUUCAAGCAUAUAUUUUUAAC